CGGGCAUUGUCGAAACAAAUUUAUUGAUAAUAAAAAGAGACACACGCACGUUUCACGCACUCCCUCCUCAUAUCAAUAUUGAUCCAUUCAACCUAUCCAUAUUUUGUUUUGUGUUACUAUUCAACUGAAUGCGCCGAAAGUUUGACGGCCGACCAUUGGAUAUCAGAAAUGUCGUUCCCAAAUAUUUUGACUAUUUAUCACAAACUAUGGCAACGCCGGACUCGGCGUGCCCAUUACUUUAUGAAUUUGUGAUUUCGCCGUUUGCACUGGAGGAAUGCCGUCAAGGGACGUCGUCUGAGCCGGGUCGCAUGCGUCCAUUUUCGGACGCGGUGACCGCUUCGGCGUCGACCACGUCGACGACGGCAGUGGCGACUACGGUGACUUCUGAGCAACGGCAGCAAUCUUGCUGCUCGGCUCGACCGCUAGCCAUCGGAGUUGUCGCUGUCUCGAUGAGCUUUGCACUUAUAUAUUUUUUUAUGAUCGUUCCAUUGACAUCUUCAAUAUUACCGUCACAAUCGUCACCUAUUUUGCCAUCCGAUAUAUCUACAAUAUACCAAAAAUCUUCAACAGAUUUUCCGAUUUUUACCAACUCAACAGAACUUAUUACAACAACAGAAGAUCCACUCUAUGUACACAUCAAUAAUACAAAUCACCGUUUACAAAUCCCACAAAUUCAUAUCCCAUUACUGUACGAAGUAGAACUUAAAUUAUUUGUACCAUGGCGACCAACAAUCAGCUUUGGAUCUGAUAACUUUUCUGUUAAAGGACACGUCCGAGUUCACUUUACCUCAGGUGGUGGAUCUCGGAUCCUUCUCCACUCGGAUUCAAAGCAACAUAUUGGAGAUUGUGUGGUACGAGAUGAAUUGAACAGAAAUAUAACUGUGAAACUUGUUGGACGUCAGUAUUCUCAAAUUCUAGAUCUGAAUCUCGAAACAGACAUGAUCCAUGGAAUGAAUUAUACGUUAGAUGUAGCUUUUAAAAGUGCAAUUAAUCUUAAUUUAGCAUAUGGACUAUUUGCUGCACCUUACACGUUUGAAAAUGAAACAAGGUACGUUGUGGCAACUCAGCUCCAGAUAAGUGAAGCUCGUACAGUAUUCCCAUGUAUAGAUGUGCCAGAUAUGAAAGCUCAAUUCGAUACGGUAAUUAUACAUCCAACAGGAACAACAUCAAUUGCAAAUAUGAUGGAAAAUAGUACAAAAGUUGAUGGAGAAUGGACAACUACAACAUUCCACAGAACACCACCAAUGUCUACAUACCUUUUUGCAUUUUCGGUUUCUGAUUACCCAUAUCUUGAAACUUUUUCUGGAAGAGGAGUGAGAAGCCGUGUAUACUGUGACCCUACAAAACUUGUCGAUGCUCAGCUGAUUACUAAAUCUAUUGGUCCAGUUCUGGAUUUUUACGAAGACUACUUUGGAAUACCGUACCCGUUGGAAAAACUAGAUGUCGUAAUUGUACCGGCUUUGAGUGUCACAGCAAUGGAAAACUGGGGCUUGAUUACAAUUAGACAAACCAAUGGGCUCUACACAGAAGGGAGAUUUGCAAUUUCUCAAAAACAUGAUGUGCAAGAAAUCGUUGCUCAUGAACUGGCUCAUCAAUGGUUUGGGAAUUUGGUAACAAUGAAGUGGUGGAAUGAUUUAUGGCUCAAUGAAGGUUUUGCUACACUUAUCAGUGUCAGAGCUGUCGAUUUUUUAGAAAAUACCACCUGGAGAUAUGAAGACAGUUCAGCCGAGUCACAGUGUGUUGCUCUUCGUGCAGAUCAAAUAGAUUCAAUAUCGCCUGUCAGUGGAAAGAAAAAUUCAAAUUUUGACAGUUAUAUGGAAAUACAAGGAAAGGCGAUCAUUUACAAAAAAUCAGCGAUCAUAAUCAGAAUGAUUGAACGUCUUGUGGAGGAAGACAUCUUUCGGCAAGGACUCAAGAGAUUCUUGAACACUUUUUUGUAUAAAAAUGCAGAUCACGAGGAUUUAUUCAAUGUUCUUGUUUACGUUCACGAUUCAUCGGCAGGUGGUCAUCUAAGAGGGCAGAAUUUCUCACUCUCUGAUGUGAUGGACACGUGGAUUCGUCAGGCACACUUUCCAGUGAUUCACGUGAAUCGAAAAGAAGGAAGUCUUGUUACACUGAGACAGGAAAAAUACGAGCACGUGCCUCGUGAUGAACCGGAAAAGCAAGUGUGGAAAAUUCCAAUAUUUUACGAUGAUCCAGUGUCAGGAAAACAUAAAGUGUUCUGGCUGACUGAUACGCAGCCAAAAGUUUUUGAUAUGGGUGGAUUGCUAGUUGUUGAUCCACAUCAGCUGACUUAUAUGCGAUUGAGAUAUGAUAUGGAGAUGUAUUCGGAUAUAACAAUGGCACUCAUGGAUGAUUUUACUAUGAUUCCAACAAAUUCAAGAAGCAGACUUAUUGAUGACACUUUGGCAAUGGCAGAGAAUGGUCAACUCACUUAUAAAGUCCCAUUCAAUUUGACAAUGUACAUGUCAAGAGAGAUCGCGUACCGCCCAUUCCAGACGUUCAGUGCAUAUCUCGACUUUUUUCUUCCCAGGAUGUAUAUACACGAAGGAUGGUCAAUCUAUAAAAAGUAUCUCGAACUUGUAGUCGGAAUCCCGUUUGAUAAAUUCAAUGCAGAGGGUCUUGAUGUGAGCUUUGAUCACAAUACGGACUUAUUCCAUACUCGUCAAAUUGUAGUUUUUCGUGCAUGUGGAAUUGAAUACGAACCAUGUGUUCGUAUGGCGAAACAACGAUUUGCUGAACUUCGUGUAAACUGCUCGGGAGAAAAUCAAUUGCUGAGUGGAAUGGAAUGCAAUAAAAUCCCAUAUUACCUCCGGCCACAUGUAUAUUCUGCUGCGAUAAACGAUGGAACACAAGAAGAUUUUGACUUUUUAUACAAAAAAUGGAUGAUUGAGCACUAUAUGAUGGAACAUGAUAACAUUUUCACAGGAUUAUGUACAACAAAUAUACGAGAAAAUAGUGAUAGAGCAUGGAGACAAGUAAUUAAGAACGGAGCACGAGAAAACGUCAUGGUUCGUGCUCAGUUAUGCUCUAAAAAGUUGUCGAAAAAUAAUUUCAUAUUAGAUUUAUUAUACGAAGAUAAAGUUUAUUUGAAAGAAUUUGUUGACAAAGACCGCAAAUCAUUAUUUGCGCUUCAACAAUUGUUGUAUCGAAAAAUAAAUUACGAAGAGGAAGUUUUGAAAGCCGAUGAAGUUUUUAAACCAUAUCCACAGCUUAGGUGGAUUCCGAAGCUUCGUGCAAUAGCGUCUGAUCGACUUGAUUGGCGAAAAACUGUUGCCGCUCAGUUUACAGGAAAUGCCAGUGAAGCUAUUGAAGAAAUGAGAAAAUUUCAAAUAACAAUCUAAUUUUCACCAAGGUAAAAAAUCCCAACCUGUGAUGAUAUCAGAGUACCCUUAAAUUAUCUACCAGCAAUCUAACUUAAAACAACUAUUAUUGUAGUAUUGUCUGAAAAUUCCAUAAAUUUUGUUGUAGUUAUUUCAUGCUUUUCAUCCAGUGACUUUAUGAUCUUGUACUAUGUUCAAAUAUUCAGUAUCUCCUCAUUUUCCAUUAUCGAUUCGAUUUUCAAAAAAAUUGACCACGCGAUCUCUUUCUAUCUGCUUAUGCUAUUACGUGUUUUUUUAAUUUGUUCUCUCAAUUCUUUGAUUUCAAUUGUAAAUAGAUAUAAAUGUUGAUGUUAAAUAUUUAAAAUAAAUAUUUAUUUGUAUUCAA